CCACUGUGUAUGCUUGAACUAAAGGACAUGGACACUUUCUCCUUUCCCACUGGCAUCCGGGUUAGAGCGGUUGCACUGCAUAAAAUGUGCAUAAUGGCAGACGUACCGUGACUUGUCCGCCUUGCUUCUGGGAGUCGAGGUGAUCAGAGAGAAGAAUUAGGCCCGCACACGUCCCCCACACACACCGCCGUCUCUCUCCCUCCCUGGCGAACGCUCGCAGCUUCUCCCCGAAGCCGUUCUGGCACAGGAAUACGCUGAGCGUCGUGCUCUCCCCGCCAGGUAUCACUAGUCCGUCAAGUCUUUCUAGCUGCUCCGGGUACUUCACCUCCUCCACGACUACCUUCGCGUCUUUCCUGGCGUCUGCCGCGCUCUCCAGCAUGGCGACAUGCUCCGCGAAGCCGCCCUGCAGCGCCAAGACCCCGAUCCUCGCCUCCUGCGCCGUCUCGCUCAUGGCUGCUGCUGAUAUUGGCUCGACCUGUGGGUGUUGAUUGAGUGGUGGGUGGUACAACCGGUUGGACUGCGUUGCGUCACGUUAGCGUCGGCCGUGUUUGACCGCUGCGUGUCUCAGAGGAAAGCAGCUAUAUAGACACCGAGACGAACAGUGAAGAAUGGCGGAGAGUGGAGAGCAACAAAGCCGUGAGAUCAGCUCUGCUGUACGUACGUUGCUAGGGACGGUGCGGGUGAAGGAAGGGUUGGCUCAGAUGAUGAAGGGCGGUAUAAUCAUGGACGUGGUGAACGCUGACCAAGCUAGGAUAGCGGAGGAAGCGGGGGCCUGUGCAGUGAUGGCUCUAGAGAGGGUCCCGGCAGAUAUCAGAAGAGAUGGAGGUGUGGCAAGAAUGGCUGAUCCUGAGAAAGUGAAGAAGAUAAAAGACGCAGUCACCAUCCCUGUCAUGGCAAAGUGUCGAAUCGGGCAUUUUGUGGAGGCCCAAAUCCUCGAAACCCUCAACGUCGACUUUAUUGACGAGUCAGAGGUACUGACACCAGCUGACGAAGAAAACCACAUCGACAAGACGGUGUUCAAGAUCCCGUUUGUCUGCGGGGCCCGCAACCUGGGAGAGGCGCUGCGCAGGAUCGCCGAGGGAGCUGCCAUGAUCAGAACCAAGGGAGAGGCAGGGACAGGUAAUGUGGUGGAGGCAGUGAGGCAUGCCCGUGCCAUUCGCCGUGAGAUCGCAGUCGCCCGUUCCCUCGGUUCAGCUGAGCUCUGUGGCUAUGCCAAGGAUCUGGGUGUCCCUCUCGAUCUCCUGAGGAAGACAGCGGAACUCGGGAGACUGCCUGUCGUGAACUUUGCCGCCGGAGGACUGGCGACGCCAGCAGACGUGGGUCUCCUGAUGCAGCUGGGGUAGACGGAGUGUUUGUGGGGUCGGGGAUAUUCAAGAGCAGCGAGCCGGAGAAGAGGGCAAGGGCCAUGGUGCAGGCCGUCACCCACUUCAACGAUCCUCAGAUACUCGCCAAAGUCAGCGCCGGGCUUGGAGAAGCCAUGGUUGGGGUGAACUGUGAUGAUCUAAAGGAGAGAUGGGCCACCAGAGAGAAGCAAUCUUCCUGAUCCCAGCCACCAUGUCUCAUCUCAUUGUACUAGUGUAUUAUACUGGAGUCCUACGAUGUUUUAUUUAUUGUCUCUUUGGGAACGGUUGUUAGUGAAAACAGGUUUUAUUCUGAACUAUAUAAUUAACCCUCGGCGCGCAUGCACACCGAGGGUUAUAGUACUAAACCAUCCUCAGACACCAGCCUCUCACUCUGUGAGGACAGC